AUGGCUUCACUCCUCGCGGCUCUUUCAGCCUUGGGCUUGAUAGAGGCCGUGUGGGCUGAGCCUACAGUCUCGUUUCCAUUCAACGCACAACUGCCUCCAGUCGCCAGGCCAAAUGAGCUCUUCUCAUAUUCAUUAUCUCCAAACACAUUUCGAUCCAACUCCAACAUGACAUACUCUCUAGGAGAUCAUCCCAAGUGGUUAUCAAUCGAGAGCGAGAAUCUACGUCUUUACGGGACGCCAAAGGACGAGGAUGUCCCUCCAGGCGAGGUUGUAGGCCAACAGUUUGAUCUCAUUGCGACGGACAAGACUGGCUCGGCUUUCAUGAACGCUACUCUUGUCAUCUCACGCAACCCACCGCCGUCUAUACAGGUCCCAAUCUCACAGCAGAUGAAUAAUUUCGGGCAAUUCUCAGCUCCAUCUUCCAUAUUAUCCUACCCAUCGACCGAAUUCCACUAUACCUUUGAUCCGAAUACAUUUGGCGCAGGGAAGAACCUCAACUACUACGCAUCAACCAACGAUAACACUCCUUUGCCGGCAUGGAUCAGGUUUGACGACAAAACGAUGACCUUUUCUGGCAGGACUCCAGACUUUGAGUCGUUGGUCCAGCCUCCACAGACAUUCGACUUUAAUCUUGUUGCGUCUGACAUUGUCGGCUUCUCGGGAACGUGUCUUUCUUUCGCCAUAGUAGUUGGAAGCCACAAGCUCUCUGCGGAUCACUCAGUCGUUCUUCUAAAUGUUACAAGGGGGUCCAAGGCGAGCUACAAUGGUUUAGCAAAGGGUAUUCAGUUGGACAGCGAGGCCAUUCGGACAGGUUCUCUCAACGUAUCAGUCGAGAAUAUGCCAUCCUGGAUUACUCUUGACCAUUCAACGCUGCUUCUAGAGGGAACCCCGGGCGGCGAUGACCAUUCUACGAAUUUCACAGUCGUCAUUCAUGACUCUUUUGCCGACACGCUCAACGUUUUAGUUCAGGUCGAUGUGGCCUCGGGAUUAUUUCAGUCAAGUCUUGAGGACGUCAAAGUACAGCCAGGAAGUGAAUUCAGCCUAGACCUGUCCUCACAUUUCCGCGAUCCAAGUGAUAUCGAGCUCAAAGUUGAUGUUGAACCACAAGAGAGCUGGCUACAAGUGAAAGGGCUCAAAGUAUCAGGCAAUGUCCCCAAGACGGUGACGGGCAAAUUCAACUUGUCCAUCACAGCCGUUUCGAAGAGUACUGGUCUUACAGAGACGCAAGUUGCUCAUGCCGAUUUUCUCUCACUCUCGGAGGCGACGAAUACAGCAUCGUCUUCCAAGCCUACGAAACCUGCCAAUGUGGCCUCCGAGGACUCACACCGCCAUCAUCUAAGCGCUACUGAUGUUCUCCUUGCAACUAUCCUACCAGUUCUUUUUGUUACUUUCGCCAUCAUGAUGCUCGUAUGUCUCAUGCGGAGGCGACGGCACCGUCGCACUUAUCUAUCAGCAAGAAAACAUCGGCCCAAGAUCUCGGAUCCAAUACCGUUUACUGUACGCAACAACGACUCAGAUGUUGAAACAAUCUACCAUGCAGAGGACGCUAUUCGUUCUAAUAAGAUUCGCCCCCUUCGCCCCCUACGGUCCGGUACAGGACUAUUUAAGAAAGGGGAUGGUAUCUUUGCAAGAGUUGCAUCACGAGUAUCACUGAGGUCAUUAGCAUCAGGCAAAUUGGGCGGUGGAUUGGCCAUGCGUGGUCCACCAUAUCCGAUGGCCUCGGGAGCUCGGUCUGCCACAGGGAGUGCUAGCCUUCUGGGAGAAGAUGAUCACGGCUCCUGGUUUACUGUGGAGAGAGCAACAGUUGGUGAAAGAAGCCACAAGUCGUCAGACAGCAGGCAGUCCGACACGACCCUACCUGAAGUCGCUCAGCCAUACUUACCCACAUCUGGAUUUCUUUCAGAGGCGGGGGAGAGUGCAUUCAGGAGCGGAUUGGAUCUGACUCUGCCUUCGUUCGAUGACUUGGCCAACAUCCAACCCAUGCCCCCUGUGGCACAACAAAAAUCGGGCCAGCGAGCUACCUCUCCAACCUAUUCAACCAUUACAUCGAGCUCUGCCGCACUGCCAACAGAUCUCGCUCUUAUUCAAGAGCCAUUCGACCCCAGUCUAGUCAGUCGAGCAAAAGAAACGGCCAGGAAGCCUCUGGCUAUUUCAAAAGAAGCAAGCGAAGCAGCAGAAAGCGCCUCAGAGAUAAAGCAGCCACGCCAAGCGCGACUUCCAAGCCAAACAUGGCUCAGCCGCUGCGGCUCCUCCUGGAAAGAAGGAGACUCUGUGAACGGGGCCAAGAGCUUCCGCACCGAGCCGUCAUUCGGAUCCCAAGAGAACUGGCGCGUCAUCGGACGAAGGGACCCAAGCGUGGCAUAUCUAGAGCUCGUAGACGAGACGCCCUUCCUCCCAUCUAGAACGAAUUCGAAGAACAACCUAGGCCAGCCGGAAGAGAGGCGCAGUCUCGAGCUCAUGUCCCCGAGCAAAUGGGGUGAAGACGAGCGGAAGAGCACAAUACGGCCGAUGCGGUCGACGAGUGUGCUGAGUAAUGGCAGCUCAUCUGUGUUUGGGGAGCGGGAAGCUUUGGCAAAGGCAAGGUCGACGACUUUGAAGACAGAGGAGUUGGCGGCUGAGAGAUCGGAGAGGAGCUUCCUGGCGUUUAUAUAA